AUGCCUCGUCAAGCUCUUGCUCGGCCGGUGAUGCUCUUAGUUCGGGCCCUCCAAUGGGCGAGCGCUGUCAUCGUGAUGGGAAUAACGUCCUACUUCAUCAGCAAGGGCCCGCGUGGCCAGCAUAUCAUCUACCAGGAAGUCAUUGCUGUUGCCUCGGUUGUCUUCUUCCUUCCGGCUUUCCUCUCUCCAUUCAUGCCCAACAUGCUGAGCCGAUUUGUCUUCGGUAUCGACGUCAUCUUCUCGUACCUCUGGCUCACGGCCUUCAUCUUCGCCGCUCAAGACUACAACUGGCACAACUGCUUCCUCAACGCACCUCCCGGUCGAGGCUGCAGCAGAAAGAAGGCCAACGAGACUUUCAUCUUCCUGGCAUUCAUCUUAACUUUCUUCGGCAUGCUUCUCGAACUCUACUCCCUCUGGUCCUACCGCCGUGAACACGCCACUCCGGUCGUAGAGAAGCAUCCCCCCGGCACCACCACCGGCACCGGCGCCGCUCCUCCCCACGAUGGACCUGUCACGACCGUUCCUUAA